GCACGUGACCAUAUAAACAAGCGAGGAGUCCGCCACAGACAGCAGAUGGAUACAGCAGCCAAUAGCAGAAGGAACACGCGGUUGUAUAAAGUUAGCGAGAGACUCACCGAGCGCCACAGAAGUUGUGACAGGAAUCUGCUUUGAGUACCGGGAGGAGGGGACAGGGGAGGGGCACUGAUACACGCACAGAAAGAAGAGGAAACCGCAGGGAGAGCACCAGAGGGGCACACAGUGCAGCAGCCCUCCGGUAAUGUGAUGCCUCUCCGGACCAUGCUACCUCCUGGGUCCCUGCUGCUGCCCACCAGGACUAUUGCACUUUAUCCGACCAUCCUAGCCCUCCUCCUGCUCCCCUACACCCAACCCCUGGAGCUCUCCAGUCGCUUCAUCUCUCCGCACCUCACCAAUAACUUUGUAGUCUCUGGGUCAGGGGGCCCUGUGUACCUGGCAGCUGUCAAUCAUCUGUACCUGCUGAGGGGCUCGGACCUUUACCUAGAACAAGAGGAGGUGACCGGACCGGAGCUGGACAAUCCGCUCUGCCACGCUCCGAAGUUACCGGAGUCUUCGUGUGACUUUCCGCGGACACCAACCGCUAACUACAACAAGCUGCUAUGUCUGGACCCCGCGCAGCGCCUCCUGCUGGUGUGCGGAUCAGUGCACCAGGGGAUGUGCGAGCUACGCGACCCGCGGAACAUCUCCCUCUCAGCCUUGAGUUUUCCCCCGCAGAGCGCUGUGCCCAGCAUGCUGAGUAUUGCAGCCAAUCACCCCAAUGCGUCCAGUGUGGCUCUAAUCCUGCCAGGGGGGCGUCUGCUGGUUGGAGCCACUUACACCGGGUUGGGAAGCCCCUUCUUCCCCUGGAAUUCCAGUAUGGCAGACCACCGCUUCGAGAACAGCCCAGAGAUAUCUAUCAGAGCCUUGGAUGCUAAAAGUCCCAGUAGGCUAUUUACAUUCGAUAUAAGCCCAUCGGAUGAUAACAUCUUCAAAGUGAAGCAGGGUAGUAAAGGUCGACUCCGACUAGGAUUUGUACGCGCCUUCUUACAGGGUCCCUAUGGAUACUUGGCUAUGAAUGCAGAACCAGGCAUCAUGGGAAAGGAGAGCCGCCCUCUGAGCGUUUUAGCCCGUCUAUGUGUGGAUCCCGAGCCUAGGGGAGAGCCCAGGAAACUAACCGAGUCCUAUAUCCAACUAGGACUGCGUUGCGCAGGGGGCGGCCGCCUUUAUGGGCGUCUGGUGUCAGUACACGCGGAGGCUGAGCUCAUGUUUGGAGUGUUCGAGAACCGCAAGGGUGGGGAGUCUGCGCUCUGUGCGUUUGAUCUAGUUGAGGUGGGGCGUGUGAUCCGUGGGGCCCGAAAAAGAUGUUUUGAGGAUCAGGACAAUGCUGAGGUGACUGUUCUUGACAGUGUGGUACAGGGAAGCGACCCAGGGUGCGCAAGGAGAAGCGUCAAGCUAAUGGAAGAGCAGUUGGAUUGUGGAGCUGCUCAUCUCCAGCACCCGCUAGCCAUCACACAGCCCUUGUCUGCCACACCCAUCUUCCAGGCCAUCGGAUUGACUUCCGUAGGUGUGACCAACGUCAGUGACAACAGAGUGGCAUUUUUGGGGACAGCCAGUGGUCAGCUACUGAAGAUAAACUUAAAUAACAGUCUGGCUGUGCUGAGCAAACAAUCUAUCCUGAUUGCCCGGGGGCAGCCUGUGCACCACAUCAUGGAGUUUGACCCAGUAGAUCCUACUUACCUCUAUGUGAUGACAUCAUACCAGAUAACAAAGGUGAAGGUGGCCUUGUGUGACAAAUACCAGAGCUGCACUCAGUGCAUGGAAGCUGCUGACGCUUACUGUGGAUGGUGCACAAUGGAAGCCAGAUGUUCCUUAAAGCAGGAAUGCCACAAUUCUAUGAUUUCCGGCUACUGGACCAGCAUUAACGUAGGAGGGGUCCAACAGUGCCCAUCAAUGACAAUAAUCCCAAGUCAGAUCGACAUAGAUUCAGAGACUAAGGGAAUCAUAUUCCACAUCACUGGGAACCUUCCUGAUCUAAGGCUUAUGAAUGUGUCAUGUGACUAUGGCAACGGAAUUCAGAUGCCAUCGCGUGUUUUAUACGCUGACAACCAACCAUGGGCAAACUGCAAUUUUCUCCCGAGGGACAGAUACCCACCAUUCCCUCCCAAUAAAGAUCAUGUGACAGUCAACAUUGCCAUGAUAGCCGAGGGAACCAAUAUCGCCUGGCAACAUCUCACCAUCUAUGACUGCAGGAGGACCAAUACCAUUCAUUUUAAGACCCCGUGUACCAGUUGCCUCUCUGCGCCCUGGCCAUGUGGCUGGUGUGAAGAUCAGUAUGAGUGUCUAACCAACACCUCGAAAUGUGAGACGUUUGUUCAGGAGAGCACAUCCUGUCCCAGGAUAACUGACACAUAUCUGCCCCCCACUCCCACUGGGGUCAUCACUGAUAUUGCGCUAACGUUAUCCAAUGUGAACAUCACUCAGGAUCAGGCCUUGGAAUGUGACUUUGGUAUAGAUCGGACAUUCCCAGCCCAUUGGUUAAAUUCCUCUUCUAUCCUAUGCAGCAACGUGCUGCUGCACACAUCUGAGAGAAGUCAGGCAUUCCCUGUCAACCUAAAGCUAAGCGGACAUUACGGGCAAUUCCUGGAUAAUCCGGAUGCAGUGACAGUGGAGGUUUAUGACUGCACGUCAGAGACCUCAGACUGCUCCAGCUGCAUUGGGCGCACAGACUUCGGGCACCUUUGCACCUGGAGUGACAGCAGCGCCUCCUGUAGGCUGAAUGUUGACCUGCAACCUGUCCAGAACUACUGUCCCGCACCAGAGAUAAAAAAGAUUGACCCAAUCAGUGGGCCCCAGCAUGGCGGGACUCUCCUCACUAUACAAGGGUGCAAUCUCGGGAGCCGCUUCAGUGAUAUCGUCAAUAGUGUUAAAAUAGGAGACACCCCAUGCUUCCCCAUCCAGGACAAAUAUGUUGUAUCUGAGGAAAUUGUGUGCAUCACAGGAGUAUCAUCUAAGGUGUUCAGUGACUGGGUGACAGUGGAUAUAUAUGGAGGCGGAAGGUCCAAGGACAAAUAUUCCUUUAUGGCACCAGAGGUACUUUCAGUGACUCCAAACUUUGGCCCUAGAGCAGGAGGGACUAAAGUCACAAUUUUCGGAGAGAGUCUGGACAUUGGAAGAGAGAUUCGUGUUCUGCUCAAUGAAACCAUGGACUGUUCACAGCUUGUGCGAACAGAGCACAGUAUUCAGUGUACUAUGCCUGCACUGGGAUCGGUGCUUACUGGGGAUGUCCAUAUCUGUAUCCAGUUUGAAGGAAGAUCAUGUGUCAGCAGUCACCUGUUCUUUCAGUAUCGGGAAAACCCAGUGAUAAAAAGCAUGAGUCCGGAGAGCACUUUUAUGAGUGGAGGUCGGAUUAUCACCCUGACUGGAGAGCGGUUCGAUAUGGUUCAAGAUGCAAAAAUGAAGAUACAGAGUCAAAGAGAUGGACAAACAAAUUGCACGGUCCUUAGCCCCCUUGUGAUCACCUGCCCCUCCCCGGUGGCCCCCAAUACCACACAUGGCAUAAGGAAAGUAAAUGUGGAAUUUUACUUCAAUGGAAUCCAUCUGACAGAGGAGCGAACGGAGGCUGAGGAGGAACCAGUGGAAGAGGAAGCACAGGACAGUCGUGGUCAGUUCAUACUUGAAUACCAGCCAGACCCUGUAUUCUUCACAGCCAACAAGGAGAAACUUAUAAAGCACCAUGUGGGAGAACCUCUGACUCUUGUAAUACAUAAAGAACCGGACGGGCUUGGACUGCGUGAGGAUGAAUACCAGGUGAAGGUCGGGAACAUUCCUUGUGAAAUGAACUUUAUCUUCAAUGAUAAAGUGAUUCACUGCAGCAUUAAUGAGUCUCUGAGCUCCUCCGAGAAGUAUUUACCGGUCACGAUCCAAGUUGGUAAAUUCAACCAGACGAUUACCACGUUGCAUCUGGCUGGGAUUGACAUAUCUAUUAUUGUGUCUAUAGUGAUAUGCGGUAUAUUGUUAAUGCUCUCUGUGGUUGGCCUCUUUGUUUUCUGCACCAAGAGUAGAAGAGCUGAACGCUACUGGCAGAAAACUCUGCUUCAAAUGGAAGAGAUGGAGUCUCAGAUCCGAGAUGAAAUCCGAAGAGGAUUUGCUGAGCUUCAGACAGACAUGACUGACCUGACCAAGGAACUAAACCGCAGCCAGGGAAUUCCCUUCCUGGAAUACAAGCAUUUUGUCACACGCACUUUCUUUCCAAAGUGCUCCUCUUUGUAUGAAGAACGCUAUAUUCUACCAGCUCCGAAUUUUACAUCCCCAAUCGGGUUUGAGGUCCAGGAGACGCAUCCUCUCCUCUGUGGUGAGUGGAAGGUUCCUGAAAACUGCAGGUCAAAUAUGGAGGAAGGAAUGACAUUGCUAUCUACUCUACUCAAUAACAGGCAUUUCCUGGUCACUUUUAUCCACGCCGUAGAGCUGCAAAAGGAUUUUGCUGUACGAGAUCGAUGUAACUUGGCCUCUUUGCUCACCAUUGCUCUUCACGGGAAGCUGGAAUAUUACACAAGUAUUAUGAAGGAUCUGUUGGUGGAUCUCAUAGAUUCCUCUGCCUCCAAAAAUCCCAAGUUGAUGCUGCGCAGAACGGAAUCUGUGGUGGAGAAGAUGUUGACCAAUUGGAUGUCCAUUUGCAUGUACAGCUGCCUGAGGGAGAAGGUGGGCGAGCCUUUCUUCUUGCUGUUGUGCGCCAUAAAGCAGCAGAUCAACAAGGGAUCCAUUGAUGCCCUCACUGGGAAGGCCAGGUAUACGCUGAACGAGGAAUGGCUGCUCAGAGAGAAUAUCGAAGCUAAACCCAUGAACAUCAAUGUGUCCUUCCAGAGCUUUGGCAUGGAUUCUGUUUGUGUGCGUGCUUUGGACACAGAUUCCGUUUUUCAGUGCAAAGAGAAGAUAUUGGAGGUUUUCUGUAAGAACCUUCCCUAUUCACAGUGGCCGCGAGUGGAGGAUGUAGACUUAGAAUGGUUCUCCUCCAGCUCCAAAAGCUACAUCCUUCGUGAUCUUGACAACACAUCUGUCAUGGAAGAUGGGAAAAAGAAACUCAACACACUUGCACAUUACAAGGUGUCAGAUGGAGCGUCCCUAGCAAUGAGCCUGAAGGACAAGAGGGAUGACACUUUGGGACGGGUGAAGGAUUUGGAUCCAGAGAAGUACUUUCAUUUGGUUCUCCCAACUGAUGACCUGGCUGAGACAAAAAGAUCUCACAGACAGAGCCAUAGGAAGAAGGUGCUGCCUGAGAUCUACUUAACACGGCUUCUGUCUACUAAGGGAACACUACAGAAAUUCCUUGAUGAUUUAUUCAGAGCCAUCUUGUGUAUUCAUGAGGACCGACCACCGCUAGCUAUCAAAUACUUCUUUGAUUUCCUGGAGGAGCAAGCGGAAAAGCGAGGGAUCUCUGAUCCAGACACAUUACACAUCUGGAAGACGAACUGCCUGCCUCUAAGAUUCUGGGUCAACAUCCUUAAGAAUCCUCAAUUUGUAUUUGACAUGGACAAAUCAGAUCAUAUGGAUGCCUGUUUGUCGGUUAUUGCUCAAGCCUUCAUUGAUGCCUGCUCAAUAUCUGACAUGCAGCUUGGAAAGGACUCUCCCACCAAUAAGCUGCUCUAUGCCAAGGAGAUUCCUGUAUACAGAAAGAUCGUACAGGGAUAUUACAGACAAAUCCAGGAGAUGAGCCCGCUUAGUGAACAGGAAAUGAACGCUCACCUUGCUGAGGAGUCACGGAAAUAUCGAAACAAAUUUAACACCAAUGUCGCCAUGGCAGAAAUCUAUAAAUAUGUCAAGAAAUACCGAACACAAAUUGUCAGUGCACUAGACGCAAAUCCAACCACUAAACGUGCUCAGCUGCAGCAUAAGUUUGAGCAAGUAAUUGUCCUGAUGGAAGAUGAUAUCUACACUAGCUGCAGCGAAGCAUAGAUGUGAUGGAGGGAAACCCUCUGCAAAUAAUCAGCAGAGGUGGUAACAUCAAAACCCCUCAACAAGGAACCAACCUGAAUCUUCUUCUGUAGGGAACCUGGGAGGAUGGGACCUUAGACCUUCACUUAUGAGGACCGACCCUCAAUCAUCAUACUCAUUUUGACAGCCUCCUCUCCUUGGUAUCUUCCCCUGGACCACAUCUUGCACAAUCUUACUAAUGAGAGGGUGGAGAGUUGACCUGAGUUCCAUGAAUAUUGUGGCAAUUAGCAGGCUCUGCUAGAUACCAUUUACCAGGGAUGUGGGCAAAUCAGGCUGUGUUCAUUACGGUCCCUGAGCCGUGCCUCUCACAGAGGGAAAGUGUAGCCAGAUCUGUUUCCUGUUGCACUUCAGUCACUCAUUUUCCAGAACAUCCCUUUUAAAAUGUUCCAUUCCUCUUUGGAAGCUUCCAUCCUUGUACAAUACUGGACUUUGUGUUUACUGACUCUACUAAAACACAGGGGGGUAAUCUAAGAAGGAACUUCCAAUACAUAGCCCAAAAGAACUGUCCCAUGUAGUGUCUGAUGCUGGCUGACACACAGUCAUGGACUGCACUGCAGAGGGGUAAACCACUUGCUUGAUCUAAUUGCUGUUGAUAAAACCACAUAUAGGAUACAGUGUGUCACCCUGGAUGUACACUCUGCAAGUGCCUUAUUGACAGAUAUCUCAGGUAAAAAGGGAUAAUUCACUUUGUACCUUAGACACCUCAUUAAUAUGGCUGUACUGCAUAAUAUAGCGAUGAAGAGUAUGACACAGCGGAGAGUAGCACUUAAGAGUCAUGUGACCUGUACUCACUCUAUUUAAUAAUGCAGAUAUUUGCCAGUUUGGAUUUUUAUGCACCAGAACAUUAGCUGCUGGUUGUGACAACAACAAAAAAGUGGACUUCCCACAGAGAGAAGCUUAGAGAUGAGAGAAGAGAUUUGUGCACAAACAAGGAGAAGCACUUCAUGCAGUGCACCAAGGCAGAUAAAGGGUUAAUAUGCACUAUUUAUUAACAUUAGCCCUUUCAUUGCUAGGGGUGCACUUUGCUGCAGAGACCUAUGGCCUGGCUUUGCAAGAUUUGCUACCGACUAAACAGCAGAAUAUUUUGAUCAGGUGCUUAGUUUUACCAUGAUGCGUAUAUACUGUAGUUACCCACAUGUAUAUCUGUGUUUGAGAUGAGGUGCCGCACCAAACUUGCCCCCUCUCCAGUCACUGUAAAUUUUUGUUCAAGAUUCUUCACAGGAUUCAUUGGUCUUCUAAUAAAGAAAAGGGGUGUUUUUGGUAACUUA